CCAGGCACAGGCCACAGCCAGUCUGCUCGCGGAGGCAGGCAGCCUCUCUUUUGCUUUGGCUUGGGCAGAAGGCAGGCAGACAGAGAAGAUCCCAUCGGCCAUCGCCCACUCGUCUCCCUUUCCCACUGCCCCCCAAAUCCCCAUCUCCCACUCCUCCCCACCUCACUCUCCCCCGGUCUCCGCCCCUGCCGCCGCCGCCGUCCUCCGGUCAUGGACAACAACCCCAGCCACCCGCCGCCUUCCGCGGCCUCCUCCACCGCCGCCCUCCGAGCCCUCAACAAAGCCUCCUACAAGAUCUCCAAGCAGUCCUCCAUCUCCUCCUCCGCUUCCUCCUCCAUGAAAGCGCCGUCCCCCCCUCCGCCGUCGCUGCCUUCCCGCAUGUCCCCUCCGCUCCUCG